AUGGACGAUGAAAAUACGUCGACGAAGAGACUCGAAUGGGGACGCGCGUCGUCGCCGGAUUCGGUGACGCAUAAGAUGCCUUCUCCGGAUGGAAAAGCGCCGGCGCGCGGACGAGAGCCGGGGUGGUGUCGACCGAGCCGAGUCGGCGGAAAAUUGUCGCACGAACGAGGGAUGUUGAGCGAUUCAAACGUCGAUGGCGUUCGAUUGAGUGGAUUCGAGAAGAACGUGUUGACGCUCAGGCAGUGGGCCCGGAUGAGAGAGGACGAGGAGGUUGAGGGGGAGGCGACGAGGACGAGCGCGGGGACGAUGCGUGCGAUCCGGGCGACGAGCGCGGUAGGCUUGGAACGCGUCGCCAGCGUGGAGAAAUGGCGUCCUGGAAUGAUGGAGGCCUACCUUGACGCGCAAUUUUUGCGAAGCAUCGAGCAGGGUAAGAUGGUCCAAUGCUUCACGGAACGCGGCGAUGCGGCUUGGGCAGUGUUUCAUUGCAAUUUGCUCUCGAGGGAUGAGUUCUCUCUUUUCGCCGUGUUCAGUCGAGAUUUCGCCGAGGAGGACGCCGAUUUCUUUUAUGCCGACGCUGGGAGCCCAACGCAGAAGAAAAUCACCGCGACGAAGGCCCAAUCUCAUGUUUCGCUGAACGCUGGGAUCGAUGACGCCAGGGCGAUGGUGAAUGGUGAGCGAUGGGAGCUCUGUGGAUUCGUGGACGAUAUCGCUCUUCGAGAUCCAUCGCAGCCGUGGAACGCAAUCGAGCCAAUUCUACACAUUCCACCGCGGGCAACGUUUGUCGACGACGAGCUCGAUCGGCUAUGGCUGGCUGACAACGAUGACGAUGUCACGCUCGAAAUUGAUGCUAAAUUCUGGGCCUCUCUCGAGGAUAAUGCGGCAAUAUUUCCGAAAGAGUUUGUCGAUACGAGCAUGCGACAGCAAUUCAGUAUGAACGCCGUAUCGCGUUUAGCGCGCUUGGUGUCUUACGGCUAUCACGUUCCUGUGCUGCGAUUUGCUCGAUUGCAAGGUCAACGCGGACCUGGUAAGAUUCAGAUGUUACUCCCAUUCAAGUGCGAUCCACGAUCUUCAGGAACUCAGGGUGCGGUGGUCGUUGAUAUCAUCAAAUCGCGUCGAGGAGGGCGAAUGUAUCGCGCCGUAGGAAUAGUGACACUUCAUGAAGCGGUGCUCAGCGCUCGAAUUGUCGGACCUCUCUCCUCACAUUGGCUCAGCGCUGAGGAAGCUGAUCAAGAGGCGACGCCUACGAUUGCGCCCACGAUUGUCCCACCUCCACCUGAAAACAUGCGAUCGACGAUUUUACGCUAUGAAGAGAAGCCGGCGUACGCCUCAAUCGCGAACAAACCCGCGAAAGAGGUGACCGCAAAAGAAGUGAAUACGGGAGCCCCGUCGAGAUGCAGCAGCGAAUCGCCGCCGCUCACUUUUCCGCCAGUCGACGAUUGGUACAAGGCGACGAUCAUCGAAACGCCAAGAAAUUUGAGCAACCCAAAGGUGAAUCUAAAAUCGCUGCCCCUUGAUUUUAUGCAAUCAGUGUGCAAGAAGCUUCGCAUUGAUGAUGGCAUUCUUCAACUGCGAGAUUCUCCGUCAGAGAAUGAGUACCGAGUCAUUCAAGCCCUCUCGGUGGAGGCGAGUUCUUGGGUGCGGGGCAUCAUGACGGGCUACGGUUCGGUCGAACGCGUAUACGUUGGUGUUUCGAGAAAAGUCAGAUGUUUCUUCGCUGUGGUAUCGUUCGAUAAAUGGACUGAUUUAGACACUCGGAAUGCCAUCGUGAACGGAGAAGCCAUUGAAGUGAACGGGUUCAGAUGUCGUGAGAGAGUCAUCAUGAGACGUUCGAUUCACGACAGGCGCGACGCAACAUAG